AUGACUCAUCCAGUCGAACACCUUCCGUCGCUCCAACUGAUUCAGCCACGUUACUAUCUGCCAUUCCUUCGCGUCAGUGGCGUGCAUUCUUCGGCGCCACUGGUUCCGUCGUAUCUUCCGUGGACACGUCCAAAGGGGGUCGAUGUCAGUGCGAUCUAUGGGGUCCAGUACGAGGCCCUGCAGAGCAUCAAGCAUGGAUAUGACCCGCCCAAUCUGGUCAGGCACGCCUUGGUGCAACCGUGA